AACCCACUUGAGAGCUACCCACAGAAAUGAAGAUUUUUGUAGCGUUUCUCUUUGCCAUCGCCUGCUUGGCUGGGGUCCAGGCAGAGGAUCCGAUUCUUGAGGCCUUGGAGGAAACUGCCAAGGACGCCAAGGAAGCAAAGGCCCUCCUUAUAAACAUUAAUGAUGUUUCCAUAAGGACCCAGGUUGCUCUGACGGAACAGCAGGAGUCCUUGAAGGUUCUGGAUCUCAUCAACACACUUGUAGGACAGCUUUCUACCGCCUUGGAUAUCAAGUCCCAGGAGACAGUUGCAGCCCUUCUUAACAUUUCUAAGGAAGGCGAGGAGUACGCCAGCCGUACGGAAGCCGAGUUACUGCUCCUGGCUCGACUGCAGGAGGGCACCGCCCUGUUGAUCAACCAGCUGACGAUCAAAAUGGAAGCCUACCAGCAGCACGUCCUCGACAGUUCACGCAAAAUCGACCAGGACAUCAAUGGCCUCGCCAAGCUCAUUACCCGGACUGUCCUGCCCCAUUUGAAUGGCCUGAAGUGCUCCCUUGACAACUUGGAAACCUCACAGAUUAAUGUUGAAGUUGAGCUGAAGGACCUGGCCGGAAUCAGACAAGUUAGCGAGAGCACCAACCGAAAGUUAGACGUCUUGGAGCAGCAAUUAAAGCAGCUGAAUCACACCCAAGAGGUGCGCUUGGAUGGACUGACCACAGCCGUUAACCACCUGCAGCCGUUGAACACUUGGAAGGUGGAGGGAGCUUUACGUGAAUUGAUCAUCUCCCAGAAGCGUAUUGAACUGGACCUGGAGCAGUGCAGCCGACCUUCCCACUACCCGCACCAUGGCCAUCAUGAAGAAACAUACGCUCCAAGCUAUGGUUUUGAACCCUCAUAUUCUCCGCCUGAGCCCCAAUAUACACCACAGAAGCCCGAACCAGUGGAUCUCGUACAGGUGUGGAAUAUUAAGGAGCCGCAAAAGCAGGGAGAGCAGCCAUCCUACCAUCAAGUAAGAGCCUACGCCCAGUCACCGGAACCGAAGAAGCACUAUCCAGUAUCCCGGCGGGAACCACUGCCUUGGGAAGCUGCACAACAAUAUGAUGCUGCCCCAGCCCUUGCCCACCGACCAGUUCCUGUUUCCCACCAUCAGCCAACUUCCAACCCUCACCAUGAGAUCUGGAACCCAGCCCCAGUUUACGCCUCCACCUCAGAGCCCCAACGAAAGCCUUGCCCAAAGGAACAGCAAUCGCUUGCGCCAUCUUACGGACCAAUACUGAUUCCCCAGCAAUCUUAUAAGCCUGAGCCGCAAGAGCCCCACAACCUGAAACCAUACGAACCCCAAUCAUACAAGCAGGAGACACGGCCAGAGCCCCAUAAACAGGAAAGGCACCCAGACCAACCGCAUAAACCUCAGGAACCUAUUAACCCGCAAUCUCAUCAUGGAAAAACCUAUAGAGCUUCACCUGUCCAACCUGGAGAGUCUUACAGAAUCUGGUACGCCGACGAGUCUUUGCCCAAAGGAUACUAAACUCAAAUUUUAUGAAAAUGAUCUCCCGAACGAUACAACCUUUAGAAAUAUUUUUUUCAGCACCCAUAUAGUAAAUUGUAAACACAUAAUAAAAUUUGAAUAAAUAAUUAUAUA